GUGCCGCUUAGGCCCGCCUGCCGGCGCCCGUGCACCGAGAUGGCGGCGCCCUGGUGGCCGGAGGCCCGGCGGGGCCUGCAGGCCUUCGCCGGGAAGCGCGGCGGCGCCGUCUGGCUGCUCUCCGCGCGGCGGGAUUUCCAGACCAGCAGCGCCUGUUCCAAGAACAAAGCCGCUCGGGUUCGCGUCGGGAAAGGGGACAAGCCCGUCACGUAUGAGGAAGCCCAUCCACCCCACUACAUUGCUCACCGAAAGGGCUGGCUUUCGCAGCACACAAGUAACCUGCAUGGUGAGGAUGGAGCAGCUGAGCGCACUGUGGAGGACCUCUUCAUCCGGAAGUUCAUUUAUGGCACCUUCCAUGGCUGUUUGGCAAAUGAGAUUGUUCUGAAGCGCCGUGCAAACGUUUUGAUCAUCUGUGCCAUUUUUGUGCAGAGGCUGUCCCCUUCAAAGUUCUAUUUCCUGAUUGGGUACACAGAGACACUGCUUUCUUUCCUGUACAAGUGUCCUGUUAAGAUGGAGGUGCAGACAGUCCCUACAAAGGUGGUUUACAAGUAUCUCUAGUCCUGGUUGGGGUUGUCUUACAGAGAAUGGCUUUCUGCUACUGGUUGACCUGAAGUCAAGGCCUAGCGGGCUGUCUUACUUAUCCGUGAAGAUUAUUUUUCCACCUGGGGGGUCUUCCUGAAGGGACUGGAUGGAGGUGUAGAGGACUGGAGAGUCCUUCUCAGGAGGGUGCAAAGUUUCAGCUUGUGACUUAAAGGACCUUGGCUCUUGGUUUGAAAGCAGUGAGACUUUUGUGAUAUUGCUGAAAUCAAAACACAGUAUACUUGCUUCCAUUG